CGCGCGAGGACAAGUGCGCGGGGUGAGCUAUCCUGCGCACCGCUCACGGAGAAAGAAACGGCGGACCGCUAUCGACGGCGGAGAUUCUUGCCGGAAACUUCAUGUUCGAAUCGGAUCUCAUCGUCAACAUGUUUGCCGAUCAAAAGAACGGCCUGGAUUUCUUCUUUCCCGCUCCGUCUGCUGGAAUCACCGCCACGGCGACGUCUUCCGCCGUCGCUUCCGCCUCCGUGGAGGCGGAUAGGAACGAAGACGAUGAUGAUUGGGGAGACUUCGUCGAAUCUUCCGUUUCUGUUUCCCGCGCGGGAUAUCUGCCGCCGGAUUUAAACAGAUUCGUCACGGAUCGCAAUGGUACAGACUCAUCGGAGGUUGCUGAGCCCGACUCGGCGCCGAGUCGGAUCGAAUCAAGUCAGGGUCAGUGGGUGAAGCCUCGGGGCCCGGUGCCAUUGUCGGUGUUUGGAGAAGCGGAGGAGGAAGAAGGAGAAAGGGAUGGAUCAGGUGCGUCGGUUCCGUCGUUAAGAUUCUCAUUGGAUUCGAUUUCUAGUAAGCACAAUAACGGCAAUGGAUCUGCCAAUAAAGUAGUGAGUACGAAUCCAAAUGUUGGAAUCAAUGAUUUGAUAGAAAAUUUGUAUAGGGACAACGGGCAGAACAAGUUGAAAAACGGGUUGAAUUCGUUAUCGGAUAAUAAUCCGAGCCAUUUCGGCACGGAUAAAAAGAAGAAUACGCAGUGGAAUUCAGCAAAUUUUGAUGGAAAUUUACCGAAAUUGGGUUCGGUUGAGUGGAACUCUGAUUUAGAAGUAAAGGACACUGAUUUGAGCCAAAAAACUCUAAACCCAGUUAUUAGCUUGGAGAAUUUGAGCUGGAAUCCAUCGAAUUGUGGUACGCAAAGGUUUGGACCAAAGAGUGAUGGGAUGAAUUCUAGUGAGGUGAUGUUGGAUCCGAGUGAUUCAAAUCAGGGUUUUGUUGAUCAGAACGAUGACAUUGAUGAAGAUGAUGGGUGGGAAUUCAAAACUGCUGAGUGUAAUUCACAAAUAAGAGAUGGAGACUCUAAGCCGGAGAAACAGAAGGCGGCUGGAAGUGAACUUGCUGUGGUUUCUAAUGCAUCGAAUUUGAGUUGGAACUUUUGGAGUUUACCUACAAAUGGGAUAGGCCCCAAUGUCAAUAACUGUAAAACAGAUGCAGUUAAUUCAGUUUCUGAUUUGGAAAAUGGAGAUGAUGAUUCUUGGGAUAACGGUGGAUGGGAAUUCAAGGUUGCCGAACCAGGAGAAAUGAAGAAUGAUAUAACAAGUAAGGUUGAAGGGAAUGAUAAAAAGGAUGGUAGAAGUGGUGAAUUCACCGUUGGAUUCGAGAAUGGAGCACCCCAAGUUAAUGAUUUAUUUGCUGUGUCUUCUCAACAAUCUGAUGGGUGGGCCUUUGGAUUUGACUUCAAUCCGACGUCUAAAAGUGAAACCACCACCAUUUCUAAUUUGAACUCUCAAAUCCAGCAGUAUGAGAGGGAAACUGUUCCAAGUUUUUUUCAUAGCGAUUCUGAAGAAACAACCUGGGCAUUUAAGCCGUCAUCUUCACAAACUGGUACACUGAAUGAGGAAAAGCUAAGCUUUCCUGAUUUUCUUCCUGCUAACUUCCAGACACAUUUAUCUGGUGGUGCUGUACAGAAGAAAGAAGUACCACCAGAGAAGCCUAAGGGACCGUUGGCACUGUCCCUUUUCGGCGAAGAAGAUCUUGAAAGUUCCGAUCCCAUGGUUUACGAAGACAUUCCCUCUUCUAACCAUGAUUCCUACUCAAGGGGUAAACCUAAGGCACCUGGUCCAAGUAUAUCCAUCAGUGAUCUGAUAUCGAGUUUAUACAAUCAAGUGGAGGAGAGGACUACUGAAAAGGGUGAUGAAACCAGAAAGACUGUCACUGAUUUUAACUUGGCAGAUGCCGAGGAUGAUUCCUGGGAGUUUCAAGGUCCCGCAGAGUCCAUUUUGAUCCCAGAUGCAUCAAAAGAUGUAGAUGAUUUUGACGAUGAUUCCUGGGAGUUUCAAGGUCCAACGCAGCCUAUGAAAGGAGAUCACAGUCAUUUGGGAAAUGCUACCCCGACUCAAACCUUUGCUCCGGCUGGUAAUACUGAACAACACGAAAAACAAGUCUUCAACAUAGAAGUGAAUGAUUUCCGGGAUCUCUUUGAUGAGCUAAAGACUGAAUUGUGCUAUGCUGCUCUAAACCAUCUGGAAAAUUUAAAGGAAGCUCGUAGCUUAUUUACUGAUUCCAGUGAAGGCACUGAAGUAAAAAAACGUGAUGAGGAAAUUCGGGAUCUGCAGAAAAAGCUGGACGAGGAUGUUCUGAUCAGUGAAGUCAACUUGGAGAGUCUCCAACCGAGACCCUCUGGCAUUAGAGAAUUUAUUACCACCCUCAAAGAGCCAAAAUUUCGAGCACUGGAUUCAGAAUAUCACCUGUCAGAGAGAUUGCUAUCGGCAGAGCAGGAUUGCAAUUUGAUGAUUGAACUUCUGAAACACUCGACGUUGACUCUGAAAAUCCUGAACUUGGGCUCAUCUGAGCAGCAGUCCAAAUACACUUCAGCUUGGUCCACCAUUGCUUCGGUCUGUGCUCAAGAAUUGAGACAUGCCGUGUCUAUUUGGAAGCAGGCGCAGGAAAAGAACAUUCAAAAGCAAAUCCUAUCUGCAUCUCAAGGGAGAAGCUAUAUUCUUGCACUGGGGGAAGUUUACAGAGUGACGAAAAUCCUUGUAGCCACAACCAAAGUAUAUAAACCAUGGAUUUUAUUAGAUCCAGGAUCAAACCUAUUGGGUUUUCUGGAUGAGUGUGCCUACUUAUGGUCAAACUCGGGACUAGAAGAUGCUCUGCUGAAUAUUUCCGACGUCCUCAAUGAUAAAUCUACUACUCAGCUUCUAGAAUCGAUCAAACACAUAGACGAACUUGAUGCUUGUACAAUCCACAGCCGCAUCAUCUCAGCCAGAGAACCCAUCUGCCACAUCUCCGGCUUAACUGCUGAGAUAAUUCCAGGAAUGAAGACGGUUGAAUGGAGCGGCCAGCAAUACUUCCUGCCCAUUGCGAAUCUCUGGGCAAAUCUGAUCAGCACCAAUCCUCCCGACCUCCCUCACGCUCUUCUUGGUAACCAAUCUUCCUCAAAGAAUGUUCCAAUCUCGCAUUAGAAAGACGCGGAUUCAUCAACAGAGCAAUGGCGGACUUACACUGGUACGUCUGGUGAUGAUCAAACCACCCUCCGUAGUUCGAAAGAUUCACGUAUUUAUGAGUCGGUAUAUAUAUCUGUUCUGGGUGUGCAUCGUAUCGACUCUUCAUUUACCCUUUGGAACUUAGAAAGGAUGAUCUGUUCUCUUGGGGUUAUUUUGGUUUUGUGCACUCAUAACAAAUGGGUUGGUGCCUCCUUUGAAGAAGGGAUAUACCCAUAUAUAUUUAUUUACAAAGGAAAGAUAGGUUUAUGUAUUUGAAUAAAAGAGCGAAUAAAUGAAAUUCUUUCUAGAUU